GUACCCCCAUAAUACGCUAAAAUAAAAUUUUUAAAAAAUGAAAUGGAAAAAAAAGAAUAACAAGUAUCAAAGUGCAUAAUUUAAGUAUAAUAUUCACCAUUACUAUACAAUCAGAUUGUAGAGUCACUUGGAUGUAAACUCAACCCUCAAUUCUCUCAUUUGCCAACUUACAUCUUCUUUGGGGGGGAGAGGAUUAUGACAGCUCAUACAGAUGUCCUCCAAAUGUUACUACCCUCACCCCUAGUACAUUAUUAUACAAACACUGUGAUAUCCAUUAGAUGAUUUUCUUAACAAAAAUAACCCAGGAAAAAAAUGUCUCAGGUAGUUUAGAGCAUUGUUGAAAUAACUAGGAUUAAGCAAUUUAAUUUAAUUACUAUUAUAUUUUGUAAUGUGUUCAUAUGAUUUAUAUUGGCAUGAAUUAUCUCUUGCCUAGGAAUAUGUGGGAGUUUAAUUUUUAGCAGUACCUUAAUUUAAAAAGUUGCCAUUCAAACAGUAUCAGUCACUUCUAUCAUGUUCCUCAAAAAGCUAAAGAUAAAUGAUUGUAUCCACUCAUGUCUUUGCAAAAGAGAUAAAUAAACUGGAAUAAACCCUGUCUGGCAAUGAUGGAUGAAGGAAAGGCACACAUAGUACUAAAUAGAAAGCUGUAACUAAAUAUGGAGACAGAGAGGGAAUUAAAGGACAGACACUAAAGAAAUGUCUUCUGCAAGAAGAAUUUCAGUGGGUGUAAAACCAUUUCAAAAGGUGGGGGAACAUGGAUGGACACACACACACACAAAAGAGAUGUUCCCACUCAAUCAAUUAUGGACAUAAAUCAAGGAAGAAAAGGAAAAACAUUUACAACAAUAAGAUAUAUAACAGACACUUCUAUUCAUAGCACAUCCAUAAUAAUACUAAUAUUUACUCAGCAGUUACUCUUUAUCUCUACUUCUGUAGACUCUAAUUUUAUUGCUAUAAAAUAAGACAUUCAAGUAGUUAAACAUGGUCAUCUACCACUUCCUGAAAGCUGAAACCUUAUAACUACAGAAAGAGAAAUGGAAACAGAAAUGUUCCAUCAAGGUUCACUUGGAGAAAAAAUGAGUAAUCAGAAUUCUAAACAGUAAUGUGUGGCUUGUAAUGACAUCAUGUAUUAAAGAUAUCUUUAGAAACCCUCACUAGAAACAGCACAGAGGGGAUACAGGCAGAAUGGCUGACUGGAGACAUCGGGCACCGGAUCCCGGGAGAAAGAGCAGAAAGUAUCGGAUGACAAGGCACACCCCAGGAGUAAUUCUGAGAAAACAGUGCCAGAACCCACCACACAUCCCACGGGAAGACGUCGCAGGGCGGAACAAGAAGGAGCAAGAUUCUGGCAGAGAGAGACCCCGGAGGAAUUGGGAGCCCCAUGGAAACAUGGUGGAAGUUGGGCAGUCAGGUGACUUGGAGAAGAAGGCUGAUGAAGUCUUUCACUGCCCAAUAUGUUUCAAGGAGUUUGUUUGCAAGUAUGGACUGGAGACCCACAUAGAGACCCAUUCUGAUAACCCUCUAAGCUCCGGAGAUGAGGGAAGAAGGCAGGGGAGCAGGGCAGUGUCGGGUUUAUAGAGAGCUGGUGUCUGGAAGCAGAGGCGACGGACCGAGUGUUCAGAGAGCAGGUGAGUGCACGGAGGAUGCCCGUGUGAAGGUUUCCCUGAGCACGGGACACCUUGCUGGCUAUCUUUAUACAAUUCAAAGAAACAAGAACAUUGUGGGGGUUUUGUUUGUUUGUAUUUGGAAAGUCAAGAAAUUCUCCUGGUCUAGAAUGAGACCAGCUUGUUCCUUGAGUUCUCUUUAGCUAGGAAUAUUUAUUCAUUUAAAGGAGGUUUUCCAACUCAGGGUGCCCAUCUGUAAAGCGGAUGCUACUAGUCUACUGGCCUAGCUUAAUGGCAAAGCCCUGAGGAAUACAGAGAUAGGGAGAACAAGGCCCUCUCUCCCACCCCAUGACCCUACCUGGCCAUGUGGCCUUGAUCAAGGCAUGGGCACAUGCAGUGAUGAGGAAUUUGACAGAGCAGCUCUGGAGGCCCCUUCCAACUCCCCUGUUCCUCUGAUCAAAGAAUAGGUUUGCCAAACUCCCAUACCUUGGACUCUGCUGC